AAGAAAGGUCCUUUAAGGGGCACUAUAGCUGGAGGGGGAGGAGAGGCGAGGUCGACAAUGGACGCCGUGUAGCACAAUGAUUUGCUUGCUUAUCACAUACACUUUGUUUGAUUCGCCGCCCUUGUAUUACUCACCUCUCAAAGUCCCCCUCCCUCCUUCAUCUCUUACUCCCUCUGCUCCCUUCCCUUUUUUUCGGACUGACAAAAGGAUCAGCAACAACAACAGCAGCAACAACAAAAGCAGCAGCAAUCAGCAACAGCAAUCAGCAAUGGCGGGAAAGCAGCAGGGUCAGAUUCUUUACCUCGCCGGAUCCACCCCAAGCGGACGCAGUAGUCCAGGAGGAUCCCUGAGCACAAGGUUCCAAAAACUCUCCCAGAACAAGAGUACGGGGAUCAUGGUCGUCAACCAGCCAACUGCAGUAUCAUCAUCGUCAUCAUCAUCGUCUGGUGGAAACGGACGCGCCGGACGUGGAGGCGGCCAGGGCCUCGGCCUCGGCACCAGGACUGGAUCACACCCCACAGGACAGGGCCAACGUAUCAGCACGGACAACCGAGGCAACAGAGCAGGAUCAGGAGCAGGCGUAGGAGCGGGUAUUCACACACGCGCCGGGUUGGCGAGAGCGAUGCAGGAGCGUGGUACAGGCGUUUCGGAUGUCUUCCUCUUGAACCCUGAGGCGUCAGUCGGCGGUGGACCUGCUCGUCGGGGACGUGGUGCAGGUGUUGGUGCGAAGGCCGCGACGGCCGUUGCGGCGACCAGUAAUAAUAGGGGCACGCAGGCAAGUCGGCAUAAGGCCUUGGUGCUCGGAACAAGACUCGCAAAGAAGAAGCAGGCAGCGCCGGCUCCUGCAGCACCAGCACGGACGGUGGCGGCGGCGGCUCAACAGAAACAGAAGCAAGGGGCCAAGGCUGUGAAGGUCGGGAAGGCGGGUAAGGCGGUGAAGGCUGGGAAGAACAAUGCUAGUGGGGUUGCAGCAGUAGCGGCAAAGGCGGCGGCGGCAAUACAGGGCAAGACGAAGAAGGGUAAGGGGGCAAAGACGGUGAAGGCGGCGCCGUUGAAUGCGGAGAAUCUGGAUUCGGAAUUGAGUGAAUAUAUGAUGAAGAACCAGCAGACGGCGGCGAGUUUUUUGGAUAAUGAUUUGGAUACGUACAUGGCGGACAAGCCUAGCGACAGCCCAUGGUAAAACAGGGGUGUUCUUGAGAGGGUUGCGUUAAGGAGGAGGUAGAUAAUUCGAUUGUCAAAGGGACUUUAUUGCAGGAAGGACCUUUUUUCAUUUAUCAUUAAAGAACAUAGUAACCAUUGUGCAACUGACACUGGACAUGAUAGUGUGGGAUCGUCAACUGGGGGGGAAAGGCACAUAUGUACUGCAACAGCACUGCGGUUCGGGGCUCGAGUGUGGGGGGGGGGAACCCUUGGGCCUGUUCCUGAACUCCCGUUUACCCUUAAGCGUGCCUGUCCCAACCCGUGGAUCGAUUUGGUAGGUCCAAGU